AUAGUUAAUGGUUUGAUAGCAUUGAACGAGUUAGCAUUCCGGUAUUCAGUUUUUUUAAAAAUGAAGAGGAUUUUUUCUGUUGAAAACAUUUUGUGCUACAUUGUGAGUACUUUGCUUAUCGGUGCAGUUGUUGCGGUUAUAGUCAUUGUUUCGACAACGACCGAGCCGAAAAACUACGCUAUUAAAAUCCCAGUUUGGGCAUACAAAUGUGAAAGCAACAAAUGUGUUAAAGUAAAAUACGAUGAAAAUACCGCUGAGAAUAUGUCUUUUUCUUGGUGUCGUCAAACCUGUAUGGACCCCAAUGAAACGAGCGUAUGGCCAUCUGUGCAGCAACAGCGUCUAGACGCGUCUAAAUACAUCAAAAUCAAUUCGAUAAGGUUUCGAGAAAAUAAUUCCAGAAAUGUAAAAAAUAACUUUUGGACCGACAAUUUCAAUCGAUUCUAUCGGCAACUAAAUUAUAAAAGAUCGAAACUCACUGAACUGUCUCCGGGAGAUUUUGAUGUGUUUGUUGAUAUAAAUGUUACGGAUUUGGAAAACACAAACUUAACCAUGGACACGACUGAGAGUUACAGUUUGCAGACUUCAGAAGAAAAUGGAAGUGUUCGAAUAAUGAUUUCAAGUGAAACAGUAUUCGGAGCUCGGUAUGCGUUGGAGACACUUGUUCAAAUCAUAUUUUAUGACGAUUUCUCAAACACUUUAGUGAUUCACUGCGGAAUAACAAUUACAGAUGGUCCAGUCUACAAACAUAGAGGAAUAUCUUUAGAUACAUCAAGGAAUUUCAUUUCGAAAGAGUCAAUCAAAAGAAAUAUAGAUACAAUGUCAAUGGUUAAACUUAAUGUGUUUCAUUGGCACAUAACAGAUUCCCACAGUUGGCCCAUGUCAAUUAAAUCUCAUAGUUAUCUGUCUGAUUACGGUGCUUACGAUGAGACGAAAGUGUACACGGCAGACGAUAUUGCAGAGAUAGUGAACUAUGCAUACAAUCGCGGUGUUAGAGUCAUUCCCGAAUUGGAUGCCCCAGCGCACGUCGGAGAAGGUUGGCAAUUUACGGAACUUACAACUUGCUUCGGUAUACAGCCGUGGCAAAAUUUCUGUUACGAACCACCAUGCGGUCAAUUCAAUCCAACCGUAGACCGCUUGUAUGAUGUACUUGAUGACAUAUACAGGGAAAUGAAUGAAAUGUUCAAUUAUCCCGAUUUCUUUCACAUGGGAGGGGAUGAGGUUCACUUCAAAUGCUGGGAAAGCAGUGCCAACUUAACGACCUGGAUGGUCAAUCGCGGAUGGAAUCUUGACGAUGACGGUUAUAUGCAACUGUGGUCAUAUUUCCAAAAUAAAGCCUUGGAACGAUUAGAUAAAUGGGCUCGAGAUGACACAAAUAUCAUUUUAUUUACCAGCACAUUGACUGAACCAAAAUACUUACAUUAUUUAGACAACAGCAGAUAUGUGAUUCAAGUCUGGUCGAACUUGGACGAUCCUAGUGUGUUAAAUCUGUUGGAGAACAAUUUUAAAAUAAUCGUUUCGAACAGCGACGUCAUGUAUCUAGAUUGUGGAUAUGAGUCGUGGACAGCUACCGGAAAUAACUGGUGUUCGCCGUACAGUGGUUGGCAAGAAAUUUAUGCUAACGAUUUCAAAACAUUUGAUGCAUAUAAAUCGCAGAUUUUAGGUGGAGAAAUUCUUUUAUGGACUGAACAGGCGGAUGACAGCGCCCUAGACGGACGGCUUUGGCCUCGUGGAAUUGCUUUGGCUGAACGAUUAUGGUCAGAUUCGAGUCGGACGUACCGUGCUAUCGAACCGAAAAUGUUGUUGCAGAGACAACGGUUUGUACAGAAUGGUAUUUCUUCGGAACAAUUACAGCCCGAAUGGUGUUUACAAAAUCAAGGAGAAUGUCCUCUGAUUUAAAUGAGAAAAUGAAUUGAAAAAUUAUGAUAAUAAAAAGGAUCAUCGGAGCAAUAUAUUAUUAUUA